UUAAGAAAAAGCCUAUUAAACAUCGAAAUAGGUUAUGAUUUUACAAAUUAAGCACCAAAACAUCAUGAUAUGCAACAAAUUUGACAGAAAAGUAGUUCAUUACACAUUAAUGCUAUGUAGUAAUUACUGUAUUUAUGAAUUUAGCACCAAAAUAUCACGAUGCAUUGAAAACAUUGACUACAAAAAUGCGUUGGAUAAUCCAGAACGUUGGAUAAGUGAGUGUUAGAAUUGAAGACCCUUCUGCCACUAAUCACUGAGGAAAGAUGCUGGAGGCCAGCGGCUCCCAAGACAGGGAGCCGAAGCCGCUGCUGCAAAGCCUUCAGUCUGUCUGGGAAACGCGAAACAUGAAUAAGCUGAAGCAGGAGAUGGAGGUGGGCUUCUCGGCCCUGGACGACCCCUGGACCUGGCUGCUGGAGGCGCUGGAGGUCUGCGGCGGAUGGAGGGGCAAGGGUCCCAGCCUGGGCGCCCUCCUGGUCAAAGGGCUGCAGCAGUGGUGCACGAAGCACCCGGAAGGACAGCCGUCCGGCUUGAAGCUGAGGAAGCUGCAGGCCCGCCUCUUCCCGCUCCUGGCCGAGUGCCAUGCAAAUCUUUUGGACCCCUUGAUCGGCAUCUAUCAUCUCCACGCUGCCGACCGGGACUUCUUGCUGGGCCACGUCAACCAUCUUUACCACAAGGGCAAGUUCAAGGAGGCAGCCGUGUUAGGAAUCAAACUCGAGCUGCAGCCGGACCUGGAGCUGGAGAAGAUGUGUGUCCCGCUGCUGUUCCAGGAGCGGAUGGACCUGGUGGAGGCCUUUGUGGAGAGUCACCCGGACCUCCAGCAGCAGCUGCUCCUGCUCCUGGACACUUGGUUCGCCCCCGACUUCCAGAUCACAGACGUGGCCCGGAAGUUUCCCUGCCUGAAGCCAGAGAAGGUCAAUCACCGGCUCUUGAACAGGACAGUCUUCCGAUUCCUGGACAAGUUCCAGCUGGACCCAGCUCUUUGCCCGAACGUGGUCAACCAGCGACACCUGAGCACCCUCAAGUACCUGAUCUACAAGAGGUUUAGGGAGAAAACCAUGACGGAAGAGAACUGGACUGACCACGUCCAGGUCACUGUGCAGGGGAACCGGUGGCUGCAGGAGCAGCUGGUCCAUCUCCUGGUCCACCACGGAGGGCUCCAGGCGGCCGCCCGGUGGGGCCUGCACUACGGCCUCCCCAAGGAGAGCCUCCCUCGCAGCGUCCCGGAGGAGAUGGAGAGGCUCCGGCAGCAGGAGAGCAGAGAGGACGCUCCGGAGCCGGCAAGGAGUCCUGGCGAAGGCAGGAGGAAGGCUCAGUGCUACGGCCUCCCUCUUCCCAGGGAGCAGAUCCUGUUUUUGUCGACCUGGGAAGCGCUGCAGGAACACAAGGAGUGCCUCCUAAAGGCCGGCCAGAUUGUGGGGCUGGACAUGGAGUGGCGCCCCUCCUUUGGGGUCCUGGGGUCCAAGCCCCGCGUCUCCUUGGUCCAGCUGGCCGUCCGCGACCGGGUCUUCCUGCUCGACAUGCUGGCCCUUCUUCGGCCGGAAGGGGCCCAGGAAGAGGAAGAAGCCCUCGACCAGUUCUUCCGGGAGCUCUUUGCGGAUCCCAACGUCACCAAGCUGGGUUAUGGGAUGCAUGGAGACUUGGCGCAGCUGGCAAAGAGCCUGCCCACCUUCAGUGCCAUGGAGAAGCAGCUGUGCAACUUCCUGGACCUGCUGAAGGUCCAUAAAGUGAUCCGAAAGGGCUCCCCAGGGGACCUGCAGAAGGUGGAUGCCGAGCGGUCAGAGGUCCGAGGGCGCAGGGCACGGGGCCUGGCGGAGCGUGGCCUGAGCCUGCUGGUGCAGGAGGUGCUGGGCAGUCCGCUGGACAAAGCAGAGCAGCUCUCCGACUGGGAGAAGAGGCCCCUCCGGGAGGAGCAGCUCCUCUACGCAGCCUCGGACGCCUACUGCUUGCUGGAGGUGUAUGCAAAACUGCUAGAGGACCCGGCCUCCUUCGGACUGAGUCCCGAGACGUUGGCCUUUCUGAUGGGCAGAACAGAAAGCGCAGAGGUCCAGCAGCCCGGUGGUCAAUCCGCAGCCGCAGGGGACUCUCCUCGGCAGGAGGAGGAGGAGGAGGAGGAUUGGGACCCGACCUCCGUUGGCACUCCAUCCAUCCCGACGCCGGUGGUCACUCCGGUCCAGGACUUCCGCGUGGUCUGCGACAACAUGCUCCAGGGCCUGGGCCGCCACUUGCGCUGCCUCGGGGUGGACGUCCGGAUUUUGGAGAACGCCGACGACCAUCGGAAAGCGGCCGAGAUUGCCCGGCAAGAGGGGCGCGUCAUCUUAACCUCGGGGCUCCCCUACCAGACGCUGAGGUCCCAGGUGGGAGAGGGCCGCUGCUUCCGGGUGGACUGUGCCCAGCGGGCCAAGGAGCAGGCCUUGCAGGUCCUGGAACACUUCCGGGUCCAGGUGACCCUCGCCGACAUCUUCAGCCGAUGCCAGGCCUGCAACUGCAACCAAUACCUGAAGGUCUCCAGGGAGACGAUGGCGCACCUGGUGAAGGUGAGAAGUCACCCGACAGGUGAAGAAGGGGCCGCCCCGGAGAGCAGCCCCCCACCCGCCACAGACCCAGGCAGAUCCACAGAGGGUCCCGGGGAAGGCGGGGGUCCGCCGCGGCUGCCCAACGGGCUCCAACUGCAGAUCGAGGCCCUCCCGCCCGGAGUGCUGACCCAGGAGGAGCUGUCCUGCUUCUACUGCUGCAAGUCCUGCGGGAAGGUCUUCUGGGAAGGGUCCCACUUCGGGAGGGUCGUCGCCCAGCUCAGGGGGGCCCUGGACCUCCCCGAAAGCGGGGGCCGCCUCUACGGGGCCCCUGUCUGACUUUGGGGGCAAAGAGAGAGCGGAUGCGGACACUUCGGGGGGCUCCCUGGCCCAAGAGGCAUGGGGAAAGUGAUCACGCUCGAGGAGGGAGUGGAAAGAGAUUGAGGGGCAUUUUGGGGUGGGUUUUGGGGGUCUUCCUUGCCCAGGAUGCAUAUGGGAACCAAUAAAUCUUGCUAGAUGGCAAAGAGAGAGAUAUUGGGGGUAUUUUGGGGUGGGUUUCGGGGGUCUUCCUUGCCCGAGACGCACAUGGGAACUGAUAAAGCUUCAGGAGGAAGAAGAGAGCGAUUGAGGGUCAUUUUGGGGUGGGUUUUGGGGGGCAAAUGUGGGAACAGGUUACAUUUGGGUGAAGUGAGAGACCGAGAGUUCCUUUGGGGUGGGUUUUGGGGGUCUUUCUUGCCCAGGAUGCAUAUGGGAACAAAUAAAUCUUCUUAGAUGGCAAAGAGAGAUAUUGGGGGCAUUUUGGGGUGGGUUUCGAGGGGCUUCCUUGCCUAGGAUGCAUAUGGGAACUGAUAAAGCUUCAGGAGGAAGAAGAGAGCGAUUGAGGGUCAUUUUGGGGUGGGUUUUGGGGGGCAAAUGUGGGAACUGGUUACAUUUGGGUGAAGUGAGAGACCGAGAGUUCCUUUGGGGUGGGUUUUGGGGGUCUUUCUUGCCCAGGAUGCAUAUGGGAACAAAUAAAUCUUCUUAGAUGGCAAAGAGAGAUAUUGGGGGCAUUUUGGGGUGGGUUUCGAGGGGCUUCCUUGCCUAGGAUGCAUAUGGGAACUGAUAAAGCUUCAGGAGGAAGAAGAGAGCGAUUGAGGGUCAUUUUGGGGUGGGUUUUGGGGGGCAAAUGUGGGAACUGGUUACAUUUGGGUGAAGUGAGAGACCGAGAGUUCCUUUGGGGUGGGUUUUGGGGGUCUUUCUUGCCCAGGAUGCAUAUGGGAACAAAUAAAUCUUCUUAGAUGGCAAAGAGAGAUAUUGGGGGCAUUUUGGGGUGGGUUUCGAGGGGCUUCCUUGCCUAGGAUGCAUAUGGGAACUGAUAAAGCUUCAGGAGGAAGAAGAGAGCGAUUGAGGGUCAUUUUGGGGUGGGUUUUGGGGGGCAAAUGUGGGAACUGGUUACAUUUGGGUGAAGUGAGAGACCGAGAGUUCCUUUGGGGUGGGUUUUGGGGGUCUUUCUUGCCCAGGAUGCAUAUGGGAACAAAUAAAUCUUCUUAGAUGGCAAAGAGAGAUAUUGGGGGCAUUUUGGGGUGGGUUUCGAGGGGCUUCCUUGCCUAGGAUGCAUAUGGGAACUGAUAAAGCUUCAGGAGGAAGAAGAGAGCGAUUGAGGGUCAUUUUGGGGUGGGUUUUGGGGGGCAAAUGUGGGAACUGGUUACAUUUGGGUGAAGUGAGAGACCGAGAGCUCCUUUGGGGUGGGUUUCGGGGGUCUUUCUUGCCAUGAUGCAUAUGGGAACUGAUAAAGCUUCAGGAGGGAGAAGAAGAGAGUGAUUGGGAGUCAUUUUGGGGUGGGUUUUGGGGGGCAAAUGUGAGAAAUAGUAACAUUUGGAUGAAGUGAGAGACCGAGAGCUCCUUUGGGGUGGGUUUCGGGGGUCUUUCUUGCCAUGAUGCAUAUGGGAACUGAUAAAGCUUCAGGAGGGAGAAGAAGAGAGUGAUUGGGAGUCAUUUUGGGGUGGGUUUUGGGGGGCAAAUGUGAGAAAUAGUAACAUUUGGAUGAAGUGAGAGACCGAGAGCUCCUUUGGGGUGGGUUUCGGGGGUCUUCCUUACCUAGGAUGCUGAGAACUGAUAAAGCUUCAGGAGGGAGAAGAAGGGAGUGAUUGGGGGUCAUUUUGGGGUGGGUUUUGGGGGGCAAAUGUGGGAACUGGUUACAUUUGGAUGAAGUGUGAGAUUGAGAGUUCCUUUGGGGUGGGUUUCGGGGGUCUUUCUUGCCCAGGAUUCAUAUGGGAACUGAUAAAGUUUCAGGAGGGAGAAGAAGAGAGCAAUUGGGGGUCAUUUUGGGGUGGGUUUUGGGGGGCAUUAAGGCUGCAAUGUCUGUUUUUAAUGGUGAAAACAGUAUUUUAUGGAUAUACAAUGUGUCACCAAUUUUUUUUAAAGACAGCCUUUGUGUAUGUUUUUGUUGUUCUUUGUUCAAUAUAUAUAUGUAUGAAAAUAAUAUAUAUAUUAUAUGAAAAUAAUAUUAUUGAAAUGCCAAAGAGGAUUGAUACAUACGA